AAUGAUUAUCUACCAUACACUGAUUAUUAUAUUUAUAUUAGUGAAUAAAUGUUUGAGUCAGACCUCUAGAGAUGUGUUCAAUGAUUAUGCCCGGAUCCGAGUUGAGGGAGGUACUCUUAUUCUCCAGUCUGCUGAAAACAAGAAUAUUAGCUUCCAAACUCAAGGAUCUGGAUUAGUUAACAUCAAUGGAGAAGAUCUAUCUAGGAUUAUAUCUGGGGCAAGGAAUCAGACCUUUGAAACUACAAAUACAAGAUUGGGAGAAAGACUUCGUAUUAUUGAGGACAGGAUGGGAGAUCAAGAUAUAAAUAUUCAGGACCAGUUUGUUCUACUUGAGAGGCGGCUUUCCUUGUUGGAGAAUAAAACCUCUGGUGACAUUUCAGGCAACUACAACAAGCUCAAGAACAAGGUGAAGAGGUUGAAGGGACGCAUUGAUGAGCUUGAGGCCCAGUUGAACCUAGAUUCCUGUUCUUCCAAUCCAUGCAAGAACGGAGGCUCGUGCAUAGAUACUUACCAAGGGUUCAUCUGCCAGUGUACUGAGAGCUGGGAGGGACCAACCUGUGAGGUUGAUGUGAACGAAUGUUAUCAGUUCGCAGGAACAGACCUUGGUUGCCAAAAUGGCGCUAGUUGCCAAAAUCUUCCAGGAACAUACAGAUGUCACUGUACGCCUGGGUUUUACGGAAUACACUGUACAAGGAAAACAAACAGUUGUAGCAGUGGAACUUCACAGGAACUAUGCGGUCAUGGUUUAUGUGUGGACGGAUCCGGAUCAGAUUCAUACACUUGUAUUUGUGAUCAGGGCUGGACCAAGGAUAGUUCCUCUGCUGCCUGUAAUGUUGAUAUCAAUGAGUGUACUGCACCCAACCCUCCUUGCUCCAGAAGUCCUGAAGUUUUGUGCAUCAAUACCCCUGGUAGUUUCCAAUGUGGACCUUGUCCCCAAGGAUACAGUGGUAAUGGAUUUUUCUGCAAUGACUUGGAUGAAUGUAGACUAAACAAUGGUGGUUGUAGCAUCAGCCCAAUAGUACAAUGUAUCAAUACACAGGGUUCAAGAAGUUGUGGUGCAUGUCCAUCAGGGUAUUCUGGAGAUGGAGUUGUGUGUUCAUACUUAGGACCUUGUCAUAUGAACAACGGGGGAUGCCAUCCUAUGGCAACAUGUGUUGCAAUGUCAGGAAUUGUGAGAUGCUUCUGUGCUCCUGGGUAUGGAGGAUCAGGAAUUGGACCAUUUGGAUGUCAGCCAGGUGGUCAACAGAUACCUGGACCUCUCCCUCCAACUCCAGAGGGUGGUGUGAUAAUAAGUCCCUGUGCCUCCUCACCCUGUAGAAAUGGUGGAACCUGUUUACCCAGUGCUGCAGGUUUUACCUGUCAGUGUGCUUCCGGGUUUACUGGGUUAACCUGCAUGGAAACAUUUGACCCUUGUGCCUCAGCUCCUUGUCAGAAUGGUGCCACAUGUAGAUCAACUGGAAAUCAGAUGUUUCAAUGUGAGUGUGGGUCUGGGUUUUCAGGAACAUACUGUGAGGAGGAAAUACAAUCCUGUGGAGGAGAAUUCUUUGCUAAUUCAGGACAUAUUGACUUUCCAACAGGAGAUGGGGUUGAAUACGGACAUGAACUAACUUGUAAUUAUCUGAUAGGUGUUGAAUUUGGACAGGUGGUGAGACUUAACUUCACUGAGUUCCACAUGGAAGGAUCUGGAGCAGACUGUUAUGAUUGGUUGGUUAUCUAUGACGGAUCAGAUCAAUCUGGGAAUAAGAUCGGAAGAUACUGUGGGGUAACUCUUCCCGGGGAGAAUGGAACUAUUUACUCAAAUUCUAACCAAAUCUUUAUGUCAUUCAGAUCUGACCAUUCAAUAGCUGGGUAUGGGUUUAAAGUCAACUGGAAUGCAUCUCUUCCAGUCUGUGGAGGACUGUUUACUGGGUUAUCUCAUGGAUCAAUUAAAUCUCCAGGUUAUCCUGGGCAGUAUCCCCACAAUGCAGACUGUACCUGGACUAUCUCUGUAGAACCUGGAAAAAGAAUUCAGUUUCAUUUCGCUACCCUCAGCAUAGAAACACAUUCAACCUGCGAGAUGGAUAAGCUUGAGAUAUCAGAAGGGGAUGCGGGUCAUGUGAUUGGUCAAUAUUGUAACUCUACUCUUCCUCCCCCGAUCACAUCAUCAGGAUCAGAAGUCUCUGUCAGAUUUACAUCCGAUGCAUCUCUAAGUGACAAUGGUUUCUUGAUCACGUGGUCAGCUGUUCCAGGAGUACCAGGCUGUGGGGGUCUUUUAUCUCAGGCUAAAGGAGAGUUCCGGUCACCCCGGCACCCAGAAUCCUAUGAUGUAAACCUAAACUGUCAAUGGAUUAUCAGAGUUCCACCCGCCGACAAAAUUGUUGUUGAGUUUGGUCAGUUUGAACUUGAGAACCAGGCAACCUGUGAAUUUGACUACCUGGAGAUACGAGAUGGAGGAUCAAGGAAUUCUCCGCUUAUUGGACGGUACUGCGGUACAACGCCUCCUCCAACAAUAAAAUCUACAAGUAACCAACUGUACAUACAGUUCAGAUCAGAUUAUUCAGUCUCACACUCAGGCUUUAGAGCAUCGUAUAAAACAGAUUCAGCAGUUUGGUCCUUAUCCCAGCAAGAUAUGAAAUUCGAUCACAAUUUGUCUAAUUAAAAAUAAGUUAAAUGUUGUUAAAAACACGAUUAAAUUAU